AUGUCGACUAGAGACAAGUGGGUUCGCCGGUUCUCCGUAGACGAAACUGCAAAGCACAAAAAUGGAUUUACAAUAUACAAAAUUACGUCGGUGCUUUUUCCACUCGACUCACCGGAGGCGGUAACGGUCGUGUCCGUUUGGAAGCGGUACAGCGAUGCGCAGAGGCUUCAUCGUAGCAUGCGGGCGCUGCACUUAGGAUUGCACCUACGAGGCAGCUUCCCCGUCCUACCCAAGAACAGUUAUUUCAAGCGUUUCCAAAAGGAGGUAAUAGAGGAAAGAGCGAAAUCCAUAAAGACAUUGCUUGAAUUUGUUGCUGAUCAUCAUUUACUCUUCACCAGUACGGACUUUGUCAAUUUUCUUCAAACUGGUUACCCUGAGCCAACUCCACACGGUGUGAUCAAUGCUAUAAGGUCUUCUCUGCACUUACCUAUAGAGGAAACCCCUCCUUUGGAAUACCAGACCUCGGAUGACGAUGCCAGAAGUCCAACACACAGUGCUAGAACACCGCUCGAAGCGACGGAAAGCGCAACCGGCGAGAGUCACACAUUAGACGUCUCCCGCAUCCCGAUCUACGAGGCGGCGGAUGUAGAGAUCCGCGGGACUCCCCCGCGCGUAGCGUCGCACGCGUCGAGCUACGAGUCCGUAGCGUCCAUCGGAAGCGCGGGCAGCGACUUCUACGACGAGCUGAGCAAGGUCAGCGUAGCGGGCGCUACGGCGUGCGUCAAGCGGCGCGACGUGCUGCCGGACCUGAUCAACUUUGACGCCCCAGCGCCGGGGUCGACGACCUUCGACGACUAUCACACGAUGGGCUACCCGGCGUCCCGCUCUAGCGCGGCGCGUGUGACAGAGACGGAGAACUCCGCCUCGGGGUCGACGACCUUCGACGACUACAGCACGAUGGGCUUUACCGAGUCCCGCUCCAGCGCGUCGCGUGCGACAGAGACGGAGAACUCCGCCUCGGGGUCGACGAUAUUCGACGACUACGCGGGCGACCUCGCCCCGUCCCCCUCGAGUGUGGUGCGAGUGAAAGAGAUGGAGAACAGCUACGUGUUCGAGAGCCCGCUGUUCGACGCGGGCGCGUCCGCUACGGGCGAGAGGGAGACGGAUAACGACAGCGUGGACAGGCCCGCGUGCCUGAGCGGGACGGACUGCGUUUCGGAGAGCGCGUCGUGCGGCUUGGAGGCGUCCCUGUCUGGCGCGGGGCGUUCGAAAGAGACGGAGGACAGUUACGUGUUCGAGGCGGGCUAUCUGCUGGCGAUGGGGGCCCGGUGCGAGGAUAAAGCUCACUACAGACGCGCCUUCCACUGCUACAGAGCCGGUAUAGAGAAGAUGCUUAUAGGAGUGCAUUCCGACACGGAUCCACAGAGGCGAGCGAUAAUUAAGCGGAAGAUAAACAAGUACCUUUCUUACGCCGAGACGAUAUACAAGAACCACCUCAGCGACUCCGAUGAUAACCAGCUACUAUUGGAGCCCGAGGAGGCGGAGUCACUGGCUCUCUGCCCACCCCCGAUCUCUAUGCUGCGCAGGCCGUACGAAGACCUGGCUUCGUAUCGAGUUUUGGACGUCCUCGGACCCAGCGUGAUGCUGGUGUUGCACCGCACCGAACAGACCUGCUACGCUAUGAAGGUGAUACGCAAAAUCCCCCACAACCUCACGGAGUUCGACGAAUACUUCAUGCAGAGAACGAACGAAACCCGAGAACCUAUUCUGCCUACCCUAAUACCUUACAUGGUCCCACUGCACGCGUACAUAGAGACAAACAGUCUAAUAUUCCUAAUACUGUCCUACGCGCCGGGUAAAAAGCUAUUCGACUACAUAAAGGACUACGCGAAAUCGCUACCGGGCACACCGAACAGGGAGGUGAAUCUUGAAAACGUCUUCACCGAACCGUCGAAACGAAACACUGUCGAUUUCGUCAACGACAACAUCGAUGAAGUCGAUUCGAUGUCGAAGAUCGAUAACAGCACUCAAGAUCUUAACGAGAACAUCGAUGACUGUGCAGUAGUUGAGAGAUUGGACAACGCCGAAAUAUCCACCAAAGAGCUGGUAGUCAACUCGCAGCAGUUGCUAAAGAACGUAGACAAAGCGCUAACAGAGAUACCAAACAUCGGGGCGGUUAAGGAAGAAGUGAACAGCAAAGCAGUGGAAGGGGAGAAUCUGAGAAGAGAUGUGGGGAGAAGUAUCAAUACUCCGCUUAUAAAUAGGGCGCUUCCCGGCAGCGCGGCACGCAGCUGGGCGGCCCAACUGCUCGCCGCAAUAGACGGUUUGCACAACUGCGGUGUAAUAUGCAGGGACCUCAGCCCGAAGAACAUCCUCCUCGGCGAGAAGGGCCAGAUAAUCCUGACCUACUUCGUGUUCUACCCCGGCCUCGAGAUGGCCCUAGCGAAGGCCGGCCACAAAGGGCCCGCGCAUGUGGACAUGUACGUGGCGCCCGAACUGUACCGGGACCCUUACUUGGACCCCGACAGGGACGAGGCCCUCGAGAGGGUCUGCGACUACUGGAGCUACGGCGCAAUUCUGUACGAGCUGCUCUGCGGUGUGCCGCUGUCUGCGUGGCAUCGGAGUAUAUUCAACAGCCACACCCUUCUUCAACUUCCCGACGGUCUACCGCUAGAAGUACAAUCUCUACUCACGCAGCUGCUUACCUACGAGCCGUCACAACGCCUUGGCGCCGGUAGAGAUGGGGUUGAGGAGAUAAAACAGCACCCCUAUUUCAAGGGUGUCGAUUGGCCCCAAGUGUACAACGGUUGGAGUGUUCCGCGA